AUGAGGAAGUGUCAUGGUUGGAAUCCAAGGAAGUCAGGUGGCGUGUUGAACGCUUUUAAUUUACGGAAAAAUAAAAUGCAAACAACGGCAAGGCCUAAACGUUUUUACAAGAGCAAGAUGUGCCCGGUGAGAGAUUGUAAUUCCAUUGUCAAACGGAUCCAUAACCAUAUCAGAAAGGUGCAUAAAGUAAAACCAGGAAGCAAAACGUACCUGAAAUGUUUAGAGAAUGCAGUUCCAUAUGAGGCUCCAGUUUUAUCACUGUCUAAACCCACUGAAGAUGGCGAUGACUCAUCAGACUCGUACCACCCACCACCAAAAAAGAUUAAAGAGGAAAAUUAUGUGAAGAAUCUUGGCACUAUAUUUCAGUCUGUGUAUGGCAGUGAUGAUAGUGAUGAAAGUUAUGAUUGCAACCGAGAUGAUGCAUCUCCUUCCAAAGAUGAAGAUGAUCGAGAAGAUAUUGAGGAGGACGUGAUCGAUGGAGAUUUAAUUGAAAAUGAUCAACAAUAUAUUCAGGGUGCUGAUCAUUUAGAUAAUAAUCUUCCACAGUUAUUUGUGCAAUUCGAAGAAUGGUUGAAAGGGCCAGAUGGAGGUAGAAAAGAUGAAAGAUGCGCAAGCCAGUGCCACAGACAAGUCCAGCUAGUCAUCAAUUUCAUUGACCCAAAAAAUCCAAAUUUGAGCAGCAUAUUCAGAAAGAAGAUUUUGAGGGAUAAAUGGCUAAACAUUUUUGAUAAGGAAAAGCAACCUGGAACUGUGAAAUCCUAUCUUGGUGCUCUUAACCUGUUCUAUGUUUUUUUAAAGUGUGAGAGUGUCGAAGUUGAUGUUUUACCGGCAACUUUAUCCAGCUUAUCAGAUCAAGCUAAAUUAUGGGCCAGGUCAUACAGGAAGCUUAGUCAAGAUCGGUUUUGGGAGAAGAGGAUGGAUGACAUGGUGACAAUGAGAACACCCCAACAAGUGAAAGAGUUUGAGACAUCAAUUGUUGCAGGAUCAGCAAUAAAAAUCAUGGGUGAAUAUGAUGAUUACGAAGGAGAAUUACCACCAAACCAACCAGAUUACAUUGUUGUCAGAGACUAUCUUUUGACAGUCUUAUGCAUCAAUAAUGGUAGCAGGUCUGGCACAUUGGCCAACAUGACUCUGGACGAGUUCAAAAAUGUUGAUGAAGAUGAUGGUUGUUUUGUGGCCAAAGUCAAAAACCAUAAAACAUUUACCACCCAUGGCCCUGUACAUCUUGUGUUUUCUCACACAUUGUACAAGUAUGUACAAAUCUACAUCAGACAGUUUAGAAAUAAACUUGGUGGUGUUGAUAAGGAUGGGAAGGCACCUGUGUUCUUGGCCUGGAGCAAAUCAAAAAUGAAAUCAUCUCAAGUUGGUACCCAAAUAGGUUCUUGUUGGGGGAAAGUCUUUGGGAAAGAAUCGUCUUCUGGGGGUGCCACUGCAUUCAGGAAAGCAGCAGUCUCAGCUGUGCAUGGGACUAAUAAGGAUUUGCGAGAAGAUUUAGCAAACUUAAUGGUACACAAUAAAGCCACAGCCGACCGUUACUAUUUGCUAAAAAAUAAAGGCAAAACAGCUGUACAAACGGCAAAAGAAUUGACUAAAAUAAUGCGAACCACAUCUAGUAGCCAAAAGGAGGGGGACCAUCACGUCUCUGUGGGAACCAUCAAGUCUCUGAAUCAUCAAGUCUCCCAACAACACACAAAUCACCACCCAGACACAAGUGGACCACUGAGGAAGUCAGCAUGUUGA